UCUAGCAACUUCACAUGUGGCUUGCACUCUAUAAAUAGGACAUCAAGUUCAUCCAUCCAAGUAUGCCUCAGAAAAUAGAAAUUCCAAUUCGAGCUCCAUAGACACCAUUAGCAUUAGAGGGAGGGUGCAGCAGCAGGAUUCGAGGGUUCUCUUCUCCAAAGGCGCCGAAGUUCUUCAGCUUGGCAAGUAAGUGAUAAUCAAUGGCUUACAGGCUUCCACUGGCAGGAGUUAGGACUUCCAAUUAUGAGGCUAGAGAGCUUCCAUCAAACAGCUACCUGAAUCUGGGUGGGCCUUAUGGAAAAUUUGUGCCUUUCAUAAUCGCGGGAGAAGGUGGCUUUGGGGAGCAUAAGCAGCUCAACUGGACAAACUUGUUUUUACUAAACAAGCUUGGCAGUGACAUAGACAGCGAUCAUGUAGAGGUGAUCAAUCAGAUCAAAGUAGAGAAAGAUGUUGAAAAGAUAAAAGAGUUGAUAAAGCGACUGCCCCGUGAAAUUUCCGAGCAAUUGGAAGGCCACGAGACCCAUGAACAGGUUAAAAUCCUGACAGGUCUGAGUAGGAACAUGGAUCAGAGGAUGUCCUGUCUCACAACAGAGAUGCGGCGUCUAAGAAGUGAUCUGGGAGAGGUGAUGAAAGGUAUCGGAGAGAUACGCGGAGCAUUGGAUAGGAUGGAGCGACAAAAUCCUUGCUACCGUCCAGGAACAAAUGCAACAAGCCCUGGACGUAUAAUGUUGUACGAGUCUGCGUCGGUCGAGUUUUUUUAG